AUGGCAGGUAGACGGACAAGAGGACGUCAAAAAAUCGAGAUGACACAAAUUGAAAAUGAGGAUGAUAAGCUCAUCACGUUCUCCAAACGUAGAUCUGGCAUCUACAAAAAAGCAAGUGAGCUUGUAACCCUCUGUGGUUCGGAUGUGGGAGUCGUUAUAUUCUCUCCAACUGGGAAACCCUAUUCAUUUGCUCAUCCCUCUAUUGAAUCGACUGCAAAUCGAUUCCUCGACCAAAACCCUCCACAUAAUGAUCGAACUGACACUUUGGUUGAGUCCUAUCGUCGACUUAGGACUAAUGAGCUCAAUCAACAACACGAUGAGCUCGUUAAGCAAGUCGAAGCUGAGAAGGCACGAGGUAAAGUGCUGAAGCGAGUGACCGAAGGACAGAACGGCGAGGGAUGGUGGGAAGCUCCCGUUGAAGACCACAACGUGGAAGACCUCAACCAAAUGAAGGCACAAAUGAAGGAGCUUCGGCGGAAUUUGUGGAGUUCCAUUAAUCGAAGGAAUCAAGGAGCUACAACAAUUCAAGGAGAAAGUUCAAAUCAGAGAAACCCUUGAGAAAGUCAAAAUCAUGAGCUACAUCAAUUCAGCGUUGACUUUUGUUUGAUUUGUACUUGACAUAUGAUGAGAGAUUU